AAAACUCCGUACUCCUUCGGAUGGCAAAGGUAGGGCACAUUCCGGUCGGAAAUUUUAAAAAUCUAAACACAGUUUACAAAUUUGAACGCGAGGUUCCAGAAUCUGUAAAAAAAAGUGAAAAACGAGUCCUUUGCCACUGGAGUUUCAAAGUGAUGUUAGGCUGUACAGUGUAAAGACAUCACGAAGUAACAACACAAACAACCCGUCUAAUCAGGUAACAUAUACAUUCGUUACCGCUAAAACCAAAAAUGGCUGGACAACAGCACCCGUUUCCUUCCGGCUUUCCAUCUGCCCAACAAGCUGCCAUGCGGACUCAAUUUGGCAGUGGACAAAUGGUCCCUGGACUUAUGGGCGCACAGCAAGGAAUGGUAAGUCCACAACAGUUUGGAGUGGGUGUAGGAGUCGGCGUCGGUGUUGGGGGUGUUAAUUCUAACACUAUGGGCAUACCUAGCGCACAAGUUUUAGCUCAACAACAGCAGCAACAGUCAGUUGCAAUGCAACAGCAAAUGCAGCAGAUGCAACAGCAGCAGCUGCAGUUACAACAGCAGCAGCAAGCUGCUCUUGCACAACAAAAUAAUCAGGGUGGAGGGAGCCAGGCUACCACUCCCCAGACUCCUGUACCACCUACACAACCCCCAGCUCAACAACAACAGCAAAACAAAGAAUUUAAUACUGCUAGUUUGUGCAGGUUUGGACAGGAGACUGUGCAAGACAUUGUCAGUCGCACUCUCGAAGUUUUCCAGACACUGAAAGUUAUACAGCCACCUAAUGGUACAGCACAGGGAGCAACUAUUUCUAAUGAUAAGAAAUCAAAGGUGCAAGAGCAAUUACGAAUGUUGAAAUUGCUGUUUAAACGUUUACGGUUGAUCUAUGAAAAAUGCAAUGAAAACUGUCAGAUACCAGGUAUGGAGUACACCCAUAUUGAGAGUUUGAUUCCGUUGAAAGAAGAGUGGGACAUGAAGUCGGAUGAAAAGAAAACAUCUGAAUCUUAUCGCUUGGCUUGUGAAGAGAGCAAAGAUAUUAUGGAGCAAGUGGUGCUGAAGAACCGACACCUGAAGGAGAUAAUAGAUCACCUAAGACGGAUAAUUUCUGAGAUAAAUACAAUGUUAACAAUGCGACGUUCCUAGUAUGUGAUAAAAGAUUAAUGUUUUAAGUGUAUAUUUCGAUUUUCACAAUCUCAUAUUAAAAAAAAAAAAGCGUUUAUCGGCAAUCCGUAAAAAAUUGUGUUAUGCAAAAGGAUUUGACAAAUAAUGCAAAAUUUGUUGUGUUAUAUGCAAUUCAAAUGCGCUUAAGGUUUUUUCCGAAACCGAAUUACUCAUUUGGAAAUAAUACUACGUUAAAAGUGUUUGUUUUAACUAGACGGAAAAAAGAUUGUUGAAACAUCUAUCAAUAUGCUCGAAAAAUGUGAAACGAGUUGGCUGACUUCAAAAUUUUCUGUGAUGUAAAUCAAUAUGAUUUUUUGAGCAACUCGACCGCAGAGAGUACGGAGACCAAUGAAUUUCAUCGUAAUUUUAUCAAAAUGUUCGAAGGAUUCUCGCAACACCAUUAUGUUCCUGAUCCGUUAGAAGGGUUUAAAUGUUCGACAAACUGAUAGUGAGAGUGAAGACUUUUUUGGUAGAAAAUGUCGAACAUCAAGUUACGAGUUUGAAUUAAUUAAUUUAUAGUGAAUUCAGUCAUGUUAUGUCAGAAGUGUAUUUUUUUUUCAAAUUUCAAUAAGGCAAUACAAUAAUAGGAAUACAGGUUGUUUCUAUUGUUGACUAUUAAAUAAUUACACAAUUGAGUGAACAUUAUGUGAUUAUCAGAGGUUACUGGUAUCAUAAAAUUAUAUCACAUUACAAAGACGCUUAAAAAAUAUAUUAAAAACUACCUCAUCCUAGUUGAAUAUCUUGAAAGUGAAAAUAAUAAUAAUUAAAUUACAUAAUAUAAAAUUAAGUAACUUACUAUUACAAUUGCUAUAUUGACUUCUGACUUCCCAUCCAUGCAGCGAGCUCCUCUGCGGAGUCCAUUUGGCAGUCAGAAAAUGGUGUGUGGGCUCGUGAGUGCAUAGGAGGGUGAGGGUCAUGAAAAAUGAAAUUACCAUAAACAAAUAAACUAUUUACGGGAAGUAAACCCCAUUAAAGUGAUUUUUUUUUAUGUUUCUGUAUUUCAUUAAUUCAACUUACAUACUUGCUCAAUUAUUACUGGAAUGUAAACUCACAACAGUUUAUAUAUAAUUUCAAUAGUCGCUUCGUGGUCAAACUUUGAUUUUUUAUUUAUUGAACUUGUAGCCAAAAGUAGGAUUCAUGCAAGAACUUCCAAUUUUGGCAAUAAAGAAAUAAACAGGGUAACACCUUUAAUAUCUCCGAUUUUUCGGGAAUAUUCUUUUGUUUUAAUCAAUUUAAGUAGUCAAAAAUACGAGUGUGAAUCGAUCUCAGAUGUUGACCAACCAUUGUGCUAAAAAUCGGUCUUUGAACGUCGAGAAACUGAUAUUUUUACUAUUCAUUGGUUAUUUUAAUAUUAUCAUAAAAAUAAUCGAAUUAUGCUACAAAUUAAAUGCCUUUAAUUGUAAUCUGAAUCUUAUUAUUAGGCAUGUGAGGAAAGUAAUGAAUUUUCUUACGUUUUUUUUUUUAUUAUGAUAGUCAGUGUGAAAAACGUCUAGUCAUGAAUAUUAGUAUAAAUGACGUUCCGUGUCGAAAAAUUGUUUGAAUGAAAUCUCACCCCUGAGAAUUUUUACUGUUUUUUACUUAUAUCAAUAAUGAUUCUGAAGUUCAAAAAAUCAUGUUGAUGAACGUCAAAUGUAAAGGAGAUACUGUAUCAUGAUUAUCAUUAAAGGUGGAUAAUCUAUCAGGUGCAUAUAA